UUGCGCCUGCGCGAUUGAGACAUAAUGAUCAACAAUAUCUUGGCGACAUUUCGCAGUGGACAAACAGUGAAUUUUCAUACUGAUUAGAACGUCCAGAUUGUUUUAUUCGCCAUGAUGUUCCAACAGGAUAACACGUAGAUGGUGGUUUUUCUCGGGGAUAUGUUCCUUGGUAGUGUAGUUCCUAUAUUGACUCAUUUCUUCUUCUUGAACACAUUCACUGAUGAGAGACACUUCUCCUUAUUACACAGUUGUGUCAACGACGGUUUCGCAAGUCACCGGUGACGGGAACGAUAAUCAAGAGGUUCAGAUAAAAAUGGCCAAGUCAGUGCGGAGGUGGGAAGUAUUUCCCGGAAAAAACAAGUUUUAUUGUAAUGGAAGAAUAAUGAUGGCCAGACAAGCAGGAGUAUUCUAUCUGACGUGUGCGCUGAUCAUCAUUACCAGUGGUCUUUUCUUCGCCUUCGACUGCGUGUACCUGGCCCAGAACGUGACGCCGGCCAUCCCCGCCAUAGGUGGCGCCCUCUUCAUCUUCGUCAUGGCCACUUUGCUCCGGACCAGUUUCAGCGACCCUGGCGUCAUCCCGCGCGCCUCGGCCGAGGAGGCCGCCGAGAUGGAGCGACAGAACGAGGUUGCGAACCCCAACUCUCCGGGCACGUACCGGCCUCCUCCCCGCACCAAAGAGGUUGUGAUCAAAGGACAGGUGAUUAAGCUCAAGUACUGCUUCACCUGCAAGAUAUUCCGGCCGCCUCGCGCCUCACAUUGCAGUCUAUGCGACAACUGUGUCG